CUCAAGGGCACUUCACUGUUCUGCAAUACUAUUUCUUUCGCCCCAUUCUUGUACUGCACGGCCACGCUGCGUCCGUUCCCCCAGGUAAAUAAAGAGAUUCGAGACGUAGACCAGUAGUCCAAUUCGUUGUUUGUCCUUUCCAGAAAAUGGUAGAUUGCGUAAACUUCUGAAUCCCUUGUCACAAUGUGUGACAGGGACUCCAGUUUCAGCUGUCAUCUGAUUGGAACUGGGUUCUCCUCACAACUCGUUACCGGACACGGCUCGUGUCUGCAGCUUGAAGCUGGUGCUGUCGGGUGACCUGCGUCCGCUGUGCAAAAGUUCGAGUUUUCUUUUAAAAAUAGGGGCACGUAACAUCGACCAGCGGAGGUCGUGCAAACAUGAAUCUCCUUCGGUCUUAGACUUCCUGAAACAGCAGGGGACCGUGAAGAAAUGGUUCGAGAGUGGACUGUGGACUGAAACAGUGCGUUCCAACGCUAGUUUGAGUCUCCAACAUGCCUUUCACCGAGAACCGUAGGGAACGUAACAAACUAAGGGGACUCCGCCGGCUGCGUUCAGGUUGCCAGUCAGUACAUGUCGUUUCCUUCUCAGCUUCUUCACCCAACCCCGCUCGCUCGAAUUCCCUCAAGACACUGUGAGAAACACGCGCAACGCCAUGCUGGCAGCAAGUUGCGUUGUUCCAGCGUUACCGUUUUGCGCCCCCUUAAACCCUUCCACAAAGCAGUCUUUAUGAUGUGAAAAAUCAUUUGUUGUCCCUUGAAUCUGUUUGCCAACUGCGGCAACAGACGUGUCCGCAUGUGGAGUAGCUGCAUCGCGGGUCUGCGAGCCUCAUCCGUGCCUCCGUGUCUUGGGUUUUUUUUCCUACUCCGCAGCUUUUCAGACACACUGCAAAUCGAGAUGACACUUAAAAAUAGGACAUUUUAAUUCGUGGAUGAAAUGGGUAAAUGAGCGAGUCUUCUGGUUGGUUGCGGCUUGCCAACACACGUCUCGCUCCCGUCGGACCUUGCUGUUCAUUUCUUUUGUCCCAGUUAACGAAUCUCUUUCUGCGUUUCGAUAUACGGUGAGAUCUCUGCCUCGCUGUUUCUUUUCUGGAGUCUUGCCGAAACCCGCUCGCUUCCAAAUGCGAGAUCCGUCUAGUCUCCUCUGGCACAAAAUCCCUGGUUCUGGCACUGCGGGCAUCCAGUUAGCCAACAAACUAACGGGGAAGAGCACUUCUCAGCCGCUUUCCCUCUUUUCCUUCGCCUUCUUGGGCUUUAUAAAGUUCUUCGGCGAGUUCCUCAGCUCGCCUCCUCAGUCGAGUUCUUUUUUGGCACUGAAACCGGCUUCACCUCAUUCGACGCCGGCCGCGUCUCAUGUGUGCCAUUUUCUUCAGUGAUUCGAACUGUGAAAAAGCUCUGCUUUCCUACUCCAUGCUGCAGAACAGUCGUUCUUCUUGAUUCGUCGGUUUCUCGACCAAUUCUACAGGUAACACUCCGGAGGUGUCUGGUGUCAGAUGGCGUCCACCCGACCAGGCGCCACGUUGCGGAACUUACUCUAUCCGGGGACACCUCGUGAAGUUGAAGGGCACACGCCGCCUUCCGUCCCCCCUCAAGCCCCACUCUACCCUGCGGGGAAUAUCGACAGUGGUUCGUAUCAUGCUGCUUCCAUGAGUGCACCGUACUCUCCCAGGCAUGUGUCCAAACAUCCAACGCUCCCUGCCCGCGCCGUUAGAUUCGCGUCUCAAAGGUUCUACCGGAACUACUCGCCUCCGCCAUCCAGCCAGACAGAGACCCCUGCGGAUACACCGGAACCUCCUUCGCCGUUGCUCGCCCCCGAAAGACUCUUUGACUUCCCCGGUCCUGCCACCAGCCUCUCCCGUCAGUUCGCGCGCGCGGGACAAAGUCUCCGUGCGCCCGUUACAGGUCCUACUUCAAAGGAACGAAGCAUUUCGCUGUCGCGGGCACCGCACCGAAGCCUUUCUUCUCUUUCCCUGUCCUCUCCAAGGCUGUCCCAGGACAAAUACGCCACCAGCCACGCCUUGGAAGGGAGGUCCGUCGGCCGCUCCGACGUUGUCCGCGGGGUGGUUCCUGUGGGGAUGGCUGGAAUGUCCUCCUUUGGCGUGUCUGGUCCCGGCGAAAAGCAACACGGGUCCAGCCCGCGGGCAGGUUCUCGCGGCGCCACGAUGAGCAGCUUCACGAGUCCCGCGCAGUCCGCACCCGAAGCGGCUGUCGGAUCGAAAGAACAGCAAGGGGUCGUCGACACCCCUGGAAACGAGAGCGCCUUUGCCUUCUCCCGUGCUGCGUCGCGGGGGUUUUUCGUUUCGGACUAUGAAAAUCAACAGAGUUCGUCGGACGCCUUCCAAUGCGGUGACGUGCCUAGGACCGGCGCGCAGCAUGGGCCGAGCGAAGCCUCUGGCCUUUAUACACCCCAGGAUCGAUUGCCGCAGGAAGCGCAGAUUCGAGGUAGCCAGCUUUCCAGUGGUCGAACGGAGACUCUCCAGGAGAGACAAGAGCGACUGCAGCGGGAAAUGGAUGCUCUGCGGCAGCGGCAACAACUGGUCACGCAGCAGGCUCGGCAGCUGUACCAGCAGAAAAUGGCUCGCCCGUGGCUGGUCCCCUGCAACGUUUCUCCGGACUCCACGCGCCUCGCCACUCUCGCCAUCAUUCCCUCGAAAGAGAGCAGGAAAGGCAGCUGCGAGCGCAGCGGCAGCUGUCCGAUUUUCUCGCGAUGCGCCAGAAGUGGCCGCCGCCGAAGCAGUGGCAGCCGCGUCCGGCGCAUCGGGGUGUACGUCCGCCCCACUGCGCCCAGCGGCCAGACGGUCCCACCUCCAGCUCCAGGGGCGAGUUUCGAGACCAAUGCAGCAACCGUGCCAGGGUGGUUCUGGGAAAACCCCGGAUUGCUGCAGUGUGUGGCACCCGUGGAGGUUUCGUGUUCCGACGGAAAGGGCGGAGGCGUGCGUUCUCACCCCCUCGUUCUGAAGGUCGAUGUCGUGCCGUCGCAGACUGGGUCUUCUCUGGGGAAGAAGGAGGAGGAUUGGAAGAAGAGUCAGGCAAGCCUUGUCAGUUCUGCCUCAGCGUCUGAAACGCCGAAGACAGACCCGCGAAUCGUCGAACUCGCGAAGGAAAACGACACCCUCCGACAGGACAACGCUCUGCUCAAGGCACAGCUGGAGCGGGCUCAUGCCGAGGGUGUCCGCCGACGUCUUACGAACAUCGAUUUGAGUCGCCGGUCCCAGGUUGAUGUGUACGGAGAGGAUGGACUUCUCUGGGGACAGGAAGUGGAAAACGAAAAGCUCCGUCGUCAAAUUGCGGAGCUCGGAGCCGCGCUGUAUGCGGCUGCGGAAGAUGGAGAUUUCCGACUGGCGGCCGAGGCCCUGACUCAGCAACUGACGGAUGCCCACCAGGAAAUUGCCACAUUGCGAAAGUCAAUGAGAUCCGACUCCAGUGGGAGGCAGGGACCGCGGUGUCGAGACACCUCAGACGACGCGACGCUGGGAGCGAACGACAUUUCUGUUCGUGAAGCCGCUGUCGAUUCUCUGAUCAGCCAAGGAAAGCGCGUCACAACUUUGGGUCGGGAGAACGUCUGGAAAGCUCUGAGUUCCAUGAAGGAUCUAGUGGACCAAGUUUUCGAUCGCAUGACACGACUGCUGACCAGCACCUGCACUAUGAAGGAGAAAGUCCAGUACCUGAAGGGUCUCCAUGUGCUCGUUGUUAGCAGUCUCGACGAAACCCUCGAUGCCUACGAGGAACUCGCCGCCACAUGCAACAAAUUCGACCAGAUUCGCGCGGUGGUUUUCGAUCCUAAACGAAACAGCCCGUACUGCCCAUGCAGACCGCGACGUCAAGUCCUCGAAGACGAUCUGAAGCACCUUUGUAUCCAGAACAAGGGUGCGACAGAGAAGCUGCGACAGCUCCGGGCGCGCAUAGUCAAAUUGGAAAUGGAGAACCUAAAGUUUUAUGUCAAACAUCCCGAUGAGCCUGUGAGAUCCUCGGAGGCGCGGCCGGUGUCUCCGCUGGCGGCGAGCCUGGAGGUGAAGGCGACGGAGACAGAGCGUCUCUCUUCUCCAAAAAAAGACAAAAAAGAAAAAAGAGACAGAAGAGACAUUUCAAGCAAGGACGACUCGGCGAGUGCUACGACCGCCGCUGACGACGACAGUGAUCGGAGCGGAUCUGUGAUGAGGAGAGCAGUUGCGGCAAGUCGGAAGAAGGUCUGGCGAAAGAGACAAGAAGUCUUCCCCGUCAGAGAGGACUUUUCUACGUACCAGCUCGCCUCUACGAUCAAACGGUUGCAGGACGAGAUUGAUCGCCUGAAAGACGAUCGCCAGUUCGACAGAACGAAGGCUGCUGAGCGGGAGCAGCACCUCGUCUCUCGCGUCUUCAACAGAAAUCAAAUUCUUGUGGACAAGUUGGCUGAACAAGAUCGCCUCUUGGCACGGCUCAUGCAGAUGAUUGAGGACAGAGACUGCAUGCAUGCACUGGCCGGACCAACGUCGCCAACUCAACUUGCCCAACGUCAGGCACUCCAUGAGGACCUCGAGGAAAGCAGGACUCUGAUACGUCAGUCUUCGGUAGCGCUCCGAGAAGGACAAACUCCGGAGCCUCAGGCGUUUGACAAUCUGAUCACUCGGCUUAGAACUCUAAAGCGCGAUGGGCUGAGAGACGUGACUCCAGAGGAACAGGAACUGCUGGAUAUGAUCAACCGUCAGGCCUCUCAGCUACGGAAGAUCCACCAGACGGUCACUGAGUUGGCGGAUCACACGUAGAAACAUCGCAGGAUCGACACUCUCGGUACUCGUGGAGACAGACGAAAACGCCUCCGAUGUCCUGUAGAACACCAUGCGACUUGUAACAUUGCGUUAUCGAGGCACAGCCAGUUUCUGGCAACAGCAAAGAAACUGUGGCCUGCGUGUCUCUGCUCCAUUUUCCUGUGAGGAUCCCUGAGCGGGUUUAUUCCCCUGUCUGGUUGCGAGAGUGCCGGCGGAUCUCCCACUUGUCGUCCGUCGCAUUAAGCAACGUUGCUAGCCGAUUUAGUGCCAAAGUGUGCAGAAAGGGCACUCAGCAGACCGUACCAGGUUCAUGUAUUUAUCGAUUUGACAGCGAAUUUAUAGUUUCGAGGUUCGUUAGUCGUUUAAGUAAAAGGAACAGAGUCUGGCCGCUCCAACUUUUUCAGCGGAGGAUAUCCGUGUUCCGAACAGAAAAUUGUCUACGUGAGUGCUGGGUGCCUUGUGGCGGCGCGGUCGGCGUGAUGAGCCUUUUGAACUUCUGCGGCAAUCUUAUUGAGAUAAGCUAUUUUUCAUCUAGUACCCGCGUCUGUGUGAACAUAGAUCGAUACGAUGAAGUCGUGUCAGUCAUUAGUUGUUCCAGGAAGCAAACAAAGCGUUGCCUUGCAGUUUCCACCGGCGUCCCGAGUAAUCAGGAAGGCAUGAGGGUCUGUCCUAGAAAAGCCAAACUAUAGUUUGGAAGACGCAGGCAUCCGGAAAUGUUCGGUCUCUCUACAGUGUCCGUGUUGCCCUUCCGACACGUCUUGAGCCAGAGACUGUGGUUGUUCGCGCAAAAACUCUCCAGCGGGAUACGAAUUUUUCCGUGUCUAGAGAAGUGACUGGCAAAGGAAGGCACUCUGAGCGAAACAAGCCCUGCUGCGCGGUUUCUGUUGAAUCUAGUGGGUUCACAAAGCUGAGUUAGUCUCUUCAAGAAACAUGUAUAGAAGCGAAGAAAGGCGCGACUCGCGGACAAAAGCGUGUCAAUUUUUUUGUCGAAAAUGACUUUUUGAUAAUCUCUUAACCUCUUAAUAUACUGUCG